CCUCGGGCGACAUUGGAGAGACCCUUCCUUCUGCGAACGACUUCAAGUCGACGCACAUACCCUCUCUACCUCUCACAGUUCCACGAUACCGGCAAAAACAAGCAGUUGCCGCAAGCUCAAUUAGACAAUGUCGACCGAAACGCCCCGAUCAAUGGCGCAGGCCGCCGUAGCCACUGCUGACAACAGCACCAGCGACGACACCAGACCCCUCAUCCGGAUCGGCACGCGGCGCUCGCAGCUCGCCCUGGUGCAGGCGCACGCGAUCAAGGCGACCCUCGAGUCGCUCUACCCGACGCACCGGUUCCUCGUCAAGCCGCAGGACGCGACCGCCGACAAGGACAAGAUCACGGCGCUGUACAACUUUGGCACCACGGGCCUCUGGACCAACGAGCUCGAGGCCGAGCUCGUGGCCGGCCAGGUCGACUUCAUCGUGCACUGCCUCAAGGACAUGCCCACCACGCUGCCCGAGAACUGCGUCGUCGCGUGCAUCACCGACCGCGAGGACCCGCGCGACGUCGUCGUCGUCAAGCAGAGCCUCGCGGGCAAGUACAGGACCCUCGCGGACCUGCCGGACGGGAGCGUCGUCGGCACCAGCAGCAUCCGCCGCAUGGCGCAGGUGUCACGGCGGUAUCCCGGCCUGAAGUUCAUGGACUGCCGGGGAAACCUGGACACCAGGCUGCGCAAGCUGGACGACCCGGAGAAUGCGUACAGCGCGUUGAUCCUCGCGGCGGCCGGGCUCAAGAGAAUGAAGCUCGAGUCGAGAAUCUCGCAGUACCUCGAUGGCACCGAGGAAGGUGCGGGCAUGCUGUACGCUGUGGGCCAGGGCGCGCUGGCCAUUGAGACGUUGAAGGAGAACACGGAGAUGAUUGAGCUGCUGGGCAAGUUGCAGGACAACAAGGCCAUGCUGGAGGGCGAGGCGGAACGCAGUGUCAUGAGGACGCUCGAGGGCGGCUGCAGCGUGCCGAUUGGAGUACAGACGUCAUGGACCGACAAGGGCGAGCUGCGGCUCAGGGCAAAUGUUGUUAGUGUGGACGGCAAGAAGGCAGCGGAUGCGGAUGUGACCGAGAACGUCACGACCAAGGAGCAGGCCAUCGAGUUUGGGCUCAAGGUCGCGGGCGCGCUGAGGAAAGCAGGUGCUCAGGAUAUCCUGGAUGUCAUUGUUGCGGACAAGGAAGCGAAACAGGGGGACGCUCAACCGUGGGUGCCGGCGUGAGAUCCAAUACCACGGACAGGAGGGGAUCAAGAAGUCUGGUGGAAUGGCGAACGAGAACAAAAGCAAUGUGGAAAAUCUGUGAAACUCGGCAUCACAACAUAGGCAUUACUCCAUAGACCUAGAGAUGUUAACGCGCAGCAAGCUAGUCACCAAUGUAACAAAAGCAUGACCAAUGG